UCCACCAUGCGCGAGAUCGUCCACGUUCAGGCUGGCCAGUGCGGUAACCAGAUUGGUUCAAAGUUCUGGGAGGUGAUCAGCGAUGAACACGGCAUCAAUACUGAUGGCAUGUAUGAGGGAUCCCACGAGCUUCAGCUGGAAAGGAUCAAUGUCUACUACAACGAAGGCCACAGUGGAAAAUAUAUACCUCGUGCUAUUUUGGUCGACCUGGAGCCUGGUACCAUGGAUUCCGUCAGAAAUUCAACAUUUGGCAAGAUUUUUAAGCCCAAUAACUUUGUCUUUGGUCAGAGCGGAGCUGGCAACAACUGGGCCAAGGGCCACUAUACAGAAGGCGCCGAGCUUGUGGACUCCGUUAUCGACAUCGUGAGGCAAGAGGCGGAAGACUGUGACUGCUUACAGGGCUUCCAGCUGAUGCACUCCCUUGGAGGCGGGACUGGCUCCGGCAUGGGCACCUUGCUCAUCUCCAAAAUUAGAGAAGAGUACCCUGAUAGAAUAAUGAAUACGUUCUCUGUUAUGCCCAGUCCUAAGGUGUCUGAUACAGUCGUGGAACCGUACAAUGCAACUCUCUCCAUUCAUCAACUUGUUGAAAACACAGAUGAAUCUUACUGUAUCGACAAUGAGGCUCUCUACGACAUUUGCUUCCGAACCCUCAAGCUGGCUACCCCCACCUACGGUGAUCUCAACCACCUGGUGUCUCUGACGGCGUCUGGCAUCACCACCUGUCUGCGCUUCCCUGGCCAGCUGAAUGCUGACUUGAGGAAGCUUGCUGUCAACAUGGUACCCUUCCCUCGUCUCCACUUCUUCAUGACGGGCUUCUCACCACUCACAUCUCGAGGUAACCAGAAGUUCCAAACAUUAUCUGUACCUGAGCUUGCUACACAGAUGUUUGAUGCAAAGAAUAUGAUGGUAGCUUGCAACCCUGGUAAUGGACGGUAUCUGACUGUGGCCGCCAUGUUCCGUGGGCGCAUGUCCAUGAAGGAGGUAGACGAACAGAUGGUCAGUAUGCAGAACAAGAGAGCCUCAAAUUUUGUAGAAUGGAUUCCCAACAAUGUUAAAACAGCUGUCUGCGACAUUCCCCCGAGAGGACUGAAAAUGUCGGGCACUUUUGUUGGCAACUCCACUGCUAUUCAGGAAUUAUUUAAGCGUAUUGGAGUGCAGUUCACCGCCAUGUUCCGGAGGAAGGCCUUCCUUCACUGGUACACGGGCGAGGGCAUGGACGAGAUGGAAUUUACGGAGGCCGAGUCUAACAUGAACGACUUGGUGUCGGAAUACCAGCAGUACCAGGAGGCCACUAACGAUAUCGACGACGACGAUAGCAUGUACGAGGAGAGCUACGAUAGAGGACAGCCACAACGAAACGAGCCUAAGGAGAGAGACUUCGAGGAGGAGGAAAGGGAGGAGGAUGAGGAGGAUCCCGAUGAAAAUUAGGAUGGGUAAUAUUGAGUACAGCAGCACAUUCACUUGACCAGGAUAACUGCAUGGCUGUGGUGAGAGUGAACAUGUAGCAGUAUUGAACUGAUUAAGGAAAAAAAGAAUGUCGAACUGCGAUGCAAAACUGGAUAUGUAAAAUAUGUAAGGGUACUAGUGCAGGUGCUUGUACGUGACACGGCUUGACUGUACACACACACACACACACACACACACACACACACACACACA